UCCCUAGGAGCAGCAGCCACAACAAUCCGGCAGUUCAAAGUUAAGCAGCAAUUGCACAACUUCCAGCAACUCUCUCAGCCUGCUGCUAAUGAGCUGAAAGCCAGGAACAUCUGAGGUGGUGAAAAGGAAGCCUCCAGCCUCCUCAUUUCAGCGGGGGACCCAGGCACCCCUCCCCAGACCCAGAUCACUUUGAUAUAAGGACUGUGUUAUUUGCUUGCCUUCCUGGACAGACCAUGGCUCCCUUUGGAAGAAAUUUGUUGAAGACGCGACAUAAGAACAGAUCUCCAACUAAAGACAUGGAUUCUGAGGAGAAGGAAAUUGUGGUUUGGGUUUGCCAGGAGGAAAAGAUUGUCUGUGGAUUAACUAAACGCACCACCUCCACCGAUGUCAUCCAGGCUUUGCUGGAGGAACAUGAGGCUACAUUUGGAGAGAAGAGAUUUCUACUGGGCAAGGCCAGUGACUACUGCAUCGUAGAGAAGUGGAGGGGCUCAGAGCGGGCCCUUCCUCCACUGACGAGGAUCCUGAAGCUAUGGAAGGCUUGGGGAGAUGAGCAAGCCAACAUGCAGUUUGUUUUGGUUAAAACAGAUGCCUUUCUCCCAGUUCCACUGUGGAGGACAGCGGAAACCAAACUAGUGCAAAAUAGUGAAAAGCCUUGGGAGCUCAGUCCGGCGAACUACAUGAAAACUUUGCCACCAGAUAAACAAAAACGAAUCGUCAGGAAAACCUUCCGAAAACUGGCUAAAAUUAAGCAGGACAUGUUUUCUCAUGAUCGGGACAGUAUGGAGACUUUGGUUCAUCUAAUUAUUUCUCAGGACCACACUAUUCACCAGCAAGUACAAAGAAUGAAAGAGUUAGAUAUGGAAAUUGAGAAAUGUGAGGCUAAGAUCCACUUGGACCGGGUAGGGAAUGAUGGGGACAAUUACGUUCAGGAGGCAUAUUUAAUGCCCAGGGUUAGUGAAAAGGAGCAAAUGCUAGACUUUCAACCUGAGGACAGCCAGGCUCUGGUGGACGUGCACGAUGGUGAGGGGAUGGCACAGCUAGAAGAACGGCUGCAGUACUACCGAGUGCUCAUCGAAAAGCUCUCGGCUGAAAUUGAGAGAGAGUUGAAGAGCUUGGGCAUCGACGGAAGUGAAGAUUCAGAGGGGGCAGCUGCCUGUGAACUCGAAAACUCUGAUUUAGAAAAUGUGAAGUGCGAUUUGGAGAAGAGUAUGAAAGCUGGUUUGAAAAUCUACUCUCACUUGAGUGGCAUCCAGAAAGAGAUUAAAUACAGUGACUCAUUGCUUCAGAUGAAAGCAAGAGAAUACGAACUCCUGGCCAAGGAGUUCAGUUCGUUUCACCUUAGCAACAAAGAUGGAUGCCAAUUAAAAGAAAACAAAGGAAAGGAACACGAGGCUGCCAGCGGCAGUGCGGAGAUCCCUCCAUUAACUCAAAGGGCAUUCAACACAUACACAAAUGACACAGAUUCGGACACUGGCAUUAGCUCCAACCACAGCCAGGACUCUGAGACAACUCUGGGAGAUGUGCUGCUGUUGUCAACGUAAAUCUGAUGACUUCUUUCUGACUAUUAAUGAUGUUUUGUGUGAUUUAAUAAGAAACUCUAUUCCAUAUAUAACUCUGAAAGUGUAAGCCACACUAAAAUAUUUAGUAAUUGAUAAAAAUUACUAGUGAAAUUGUUGCUUGUUUUCAUAUAGUGUUUCCAAUUUGACUUUAUUACAGGUUCAAGCAAUGAACUAUGUAUUAGGAAUGCAGCAGAUGUAACCGAUGGUUACAUAACACAGAAACAAUGUAAUGGGGAGUGAUUGAUAAUUCCCCCACAUUAGACAUGUGUGACAUGAACUUGAAAACAAUUCUCAACUUUGUUCAUCAAACUCUCCAUACUGCAAGCAUGAAGAAGAAAAAUGAACACAUGUUCAUCAUUUUUGACAACAUUGUGUCAUCAGAGUGUCAUCAGAAUAUUUAAGUCUUGUAAAUCUUUUUUUUAAAGAUUCAAAUCUUUUUUUUUAAUAGACUGUAAAAUGUCCCAUGUGUGUGUAUGUGUGUGUGUCUUCCUGGCUGCUGUCUUUUUAAGUCUAAGGGACAGGAAG